GGGGGCGCCGCGGUUUGGGGAAGAGUCGGAGAGCUGAGGUAGCCGCGGGGUCUGGGGCUGAGGAGCGGCGGGUUCACGGGCCCGGGUGCCGUCCGCCCUGCCGGAAGCGCGAAAGGAGCAGAAGGGCCCGCCGCGCUAGUCCUCCAUGAGGCCUGAGUGAGGCGCUGCGGCCAAAGCCGGCCCGCCGCGCCUCCCCCGCGUGCUGUCCGGAGCGCACAGCGGCGGCCCGGAGGAGGAGGAGGAAAAGGAGGAGGAGCAUGUCGGACGGUUUCGAUCGGGCUCCAGGUGCUGGUCGGGGCCGGAGCCGGGGCCUGGGCCGCGGAGGGGGCGGGCCUGAGGGCGGCGGGUUCCCGAACGGAGCGGGGCCUGCGGGGCGCUCGCGGCACCAGCCGCCGCUGCAGCCCAAAGCCCCGGGCUUCCUGCAGCCGCCGCCGCUGCGCCAGCCCAGGACGGCCCCGCCGCCAGGGGCCCAGAGCGAGGUCCCCGCCGGCUCCCAGCGGCCUCCCCGGUCCGGGGCGCUCCCAGAACAAACGAGGCCCCUGAGAGCUCCACCUAGCUCACAGGAUAAAACCCCACAGCAGAACUCAGAGUCAGCAAUGGCUAAGCCCCAGGUGGUUGUGGCUCCUGUGUUAAUGUCUAAGCUGUCUGCCAACGCCCCCGAAUUUUACCCAUCAGGUUAUUCUGCUUAUACAGAAUCCUAUGAAGAUGGUUGUGAGGAUUAUCCCACUCUAUCAGACUAUGUUCAAGAGUUUUUGAAUCAUCUUACAGAGCAACCUGGCAGUUUUGAAACUGAAAUUGAACAAUUUGCAGAGACCCUGAAUGGCUGGGUUACAACUGAUGAUGCUUUGCAAGAACUUGUGGAGCUCAUCUACCAACAGGCCACAUCUAUCCCAAAUUUCUCUUACAUGGGAGCUCGCCUGUGUAAUUACCUGUCCCAUCAUCUGACAAUUAGUCCACAGAGUGGCAACUUCCGCCAAUUGCUACUUCAAAGAUGUCGGACUGAAUAUGAAGUUAAAGAUCAAGCUGCGAAAGGAGAUGAAGUGACUCGAAAGCGAUUUCAUGCAUUUGUACUCUUUCUGGGAGAACUUUAUCUUAACCUGGAGAUCAAGGGAACAAAUGGGCAGGUUACGAGAGCAGAUAUUCUUCAAGUUGGUCUGCGUGAAUUGCUGAAUGCCCUCUUCUCUAAUCCAAUGGAUGACAACUUAAUUUGUGCAGUAAAAUUAUUAAAGUUGACAGGAUCAGUUUUGGAAGAUGCUUGGAAAGAAAAAUUAAAGACUGAUAUGGAAGAAAUUAUUCAGAGAAUUGAAAAUGUUGUCCUAGAUGCAAACUGCAGCAGAGAUGUAAAACAGAUGCUCUUGAAGCUUGUAGAACUUCGGUCAAGUAACUGGGGCAGAGUACAUGCAACUUCAACGUACAGAGAAGCAACACCUGAAAAUGAUCCUAACUACUUUAUGAAUGAACCAACAUUUUAUACAUCUGAUGGGGUUCCUUUCACUGCAGCAGAUCCAGAUUACCAAGAGAAGUAUCAAGAGUUACUUGAAAGAGAGGACUUUUUUCCAGAUUAUGAAGAAAAUGGAACAGAUUUAUCAGGGGCUGGUGAUCCAUACUUGGAUGAUAUUGAUGAUGAGAUGGACCCAGAAAUUGAAGAAGCUUAUGAAAAGUUUUGUUUGGAAUCAGAGCAUAAGCGAAAACAGUAAAGUUAAAUUUCACUGUAUCAGUUUUUAUAAAAGUUUAGGUAUGAUGAUUUAGCAGAACACAAGGAAGCAAGAACAUGUGUCAUACUUAUACCAAAUUAAGUAUGUUGAGUUAUGUUACUAAUGUAUGCUACUUUAAUUUUGUUUAACACUAUCUGCCAAAAUAAACUUUAUUCCCUAUAACUUAAAAUGUGUAUAUAUAUAAAAUAGUUUAUUAUGUACAGUUAAUUCCACUGUUUUGGCUGCAAUAAAAUUGAUUUUGAAAUAAAUGAAA